GUUUAUUUUUUUUAUAUUUUUACUCAUAAAAUUUCUAAUGCUCUAUAUUUCUAUUUCCGUUAUAUAUUACAGUUCCAUGUAUAUAUUCUCUUCGUUUCUCUCAAACCAAACAGAAAAAAGAAAACCCUAAACUUCCCUCAGCAGAUUCUCUGAAACCAAACGGUCCAAUUUUCGCAGUUGAAAUUGGCUCGAAAGUCCUUGGAAACCCUGAAUAGUUAUCUGGGUCUUGUUAAAAUGACGUCGUAUUUGGAGCAGGAAAUGGAUCAAGAUGACGAUGGAGGAGGAACCUCCGAUCUCAGCACCAGCGCCGGAGAACCAGAAGACAAUCCCACCUCCAUCACUUCCACCGAGAACAAGAACACCAACAACAGCAAUAAUGGAGUCUCUAGGCCAGCGAAUUUCGAUGAUUCCAUAGCUUUCCAAACCAUACCUUUGAAAGAAGAACCCUUCGAUUCAGAAUCACCGUCGGAAGACGACCAGAAAACCCAGCCGCUGCCACCGGCAUCUUCAGCCUCCAUCGGAAUGGUUCCGGUGGCUAUGCAGAUGCAGAUGCCAAUGCCAAUUCCGAUGCCCAUGCCUGUCUCUACCGCCGCCGCCGCCGCACGACGAUCCUCCACCAAAGACCGCCACACCAAAGUCGAAGGACGAGGCCGUAGGAUCCGAAUACCCGCUACGUGUGCGGCCCGAAUCUUCCAGCUGACGCGGGAAUUGGGUCACAAAUCCGACGGAGAAACCGUCCGGUGGCUUCUCGAACACUCCGAGCAAGCCAUCAUUGAAGCCACCGGCACGGGUACCGUACCGGCUAUCGCCGUUUCCGUCGGUGGAAGUCUGAAAAUACCCACCACGUCCAACACCACCGACCACAACGCCAACGAAAGGACAACCAAAAAGCGCAAACGACCGUCGAACAGCGAAUUCGUAGACGUAAGCGAAACAAUCUCUCAGUCCUCAGGUCUAGCUCCGGUCGGACCGGCCACACCCGCGGCGGUCCCGCAAGGACUCGUUCCUGUCUGGGCCGUUGGUAACGCCGGCAUGAUGGUUCCGGCAAACGCUAUCUGGAUGAUACCACAGCCGACGGCAGGGACCGGAGUGGUACCGGGACAUGGAAAUGCCAACCAGCAACCUCAGAUAUGGGCCUUGUCGCCGGCGGCAGUGACGCCGGUGUAUAAUAUGGUGGCGAGGCCAAUAUCUUCGUUCGUGGCUAAUCAACCGGCUGCGGGGACGGCGGGAGUGGAGGUUCGGACGACGACGUGUUCGACGUCAUCGGCUGUUGUUUGUAACAGUGGGUUGUCGAACUCGGCAGCGAGUACGAGCACGGUUGGGACGAAGGCGGCGAAGAAAGCUUCGACUAUGGCGCUGAGUUUAAGUUCUAGUGGCAGUGGUAAAGCUCAGAUGCUUAGGGAUUUUUCAUUGGAGAUUUACGAUAAGCAGGAAUUGCAGUUCAUGGGUAGGCCUGGAAAUCAUCAUCAAACUCAGUCUUCCAAGCAUUGAACAUGAACGAAUGAAAUCCUCCAUAGCAAUAGAAACAAAGAAAGAGAGGAAGAAGCAGUGGGUUAGUGUUUCAAAUUGAGUGCUAUCCACUUCCAAUUCAAAUCAAAUGGGAAAAAAAAAAAAAAAAUUUUAACAAUAAUGAUAAUAAUAAACAAAUUAAAUUUUAAAA